AUGCCAGGUCGUUCAGGUGCCGAGGACUUGAGUUUCGAGCUCCGAGACCGUCCGCUGCUCCUGCUGUUCCGGCCCAUCGCGUGGGCCAAGUGGUCGCGUAUCGAACUCGUGUGUGCUUACGUCUGUGUGGUGGCUAUCCGCCACGAAGCCACCGACCCGGCGGUCCACGUGCUGCUUCCCAGUGAUCAGGCGUGGUCGUCGCGCAUCACUCGAGACGAGUUCGUCGUCGGCUGGUGCCAUGGGUCACCAGCGAGCUCUCGACCAACGCGCCGACUUCGACGCUUCCGCGUUCGGUGGAAUGAGCUCGUUCUUCCUGGUGCAACGGAUGUGGAAUUACGACAAGUACUGCACGAGGCCUUUGUCCCUCCCGGUUCUGACUCACGUGUGGACUUUGGAACCGAGCCGAUCCGGAUCGUCACGGAGUUCGGCCGUGUCAUCGUGGUUAAUCCCCUCCUGUAUGCUCGUACGCGGAUCGGUCCCUCUCGCCCGUCACCGCGGCUCGACGCGGACUUCGACACGGAUGACGAAUCGCCAUCCGAGGUGCUGGCAGUCGGCUUAUCCCGGGGACGGCCGCUACCGCGAGAUAUACCAGCCAUUGCCCGAUCCACUGAGCUCGCGGAUCCCGGGUUCGUGCACGGUGUGCCUGGCAUGGCAUCCACCCCACGAGUCCAUGAGCUCCCUGUUUCGGCAACACCGUCGCCCGUCCAAGCUGCAACAACACGGCCACAGCCCACGAGUACUGGCCAGGCGGACGGAGUACUCGCUGUCCUGGCAGAGUUUGCCCGCACUACUCAGAUGGUGCUGGCACAGCAAGCAGAGGCGCAACAAACGUUCCAGAGCCAACUGCUGGAGAGACUUCACGCUCCUGCUACUCCGCUACCGCCCACCGUGGACGUCAUCGUGAACGGAGUCAAAGCCCUCCGCCUCGGACUCGGGUACACACCCAUCGAACACGCAGCCGAUCCCGCAGCAAUUCUCAUCGUGAUCAUCGGCGCCGUGAGCGCAGCCGUUCGAGCGGACGUCCUUUACGCCACCGCGAUCUCGGUUCCAGCCGCGGGUGCGCCGUUCCACGGGAGUCUCGCCCGGUUAUACCGAUCGUCAGACGCCUUCGCCGCGCGGACCUCCUGGCCCCAGCUACAACGACACCCGCGCAAGCGGUGA